GAGGAACCUAGCCGUAAGAUACGACGUCGUUUGGCAAGCAGAAAUUUCUGCCGUCGUAUUUUCCGGUUAGAGGAAAAAAAUUCCUCAGCACAGCUUUUUUUUUUUUUUUUGAUCGGAAAAUCCACAGAACACUUGACUUGGUUCCGAGGGUCGACGGCGGAAAGUAGAAGCAACAAUAUUGGAGAAUAAUCUUCUUCCGGUAUCAUGGAUUACUUGAAGACGGUGGUUCCGUCGCAACUGGUUUCCGAGCGUGGCUCCAAUCUUGUCGUCAUCAACCCUGGCUCUGCGAAUGUCAGGGUAGGGCUUGCGCGGCAGGACUCUCCGUUCAUCGUCCCUCACUGCAUUGCUCGGCGCACCACCCAAGUCCCCAAGCUAAACGUUCAAGAUCAGAUGCUUAAUUCUCAGGUUAGCACCGCGCAGCACAUGGAGCGCGAAAAGGCUUAUGAUACUAUUGCAUCGUUGUUGAAGAUACCUUUCCUUGAUGAAGAGGUUGGGAACAACUCUUUUCCUCAAAAGAUGGGGCGUAUUGAUGGAUGUAAUCUGCAGAAUCCCAAAAAGGAUCAUGCUUUCACUUGGACUGAUGUGUAUGUAAAGGGCCAAAACUUGUCAAUUGGAUCAGAAAGUUCAAUGAAUAAAAGUGUUGCGAAUGAGUCAUUGGGCCAGCAAGCAGGUACUAAUUCUGGGGAAACUAGUUCAAACGAAUGCAAGUUCAAGGAGUUCAUUUGUGGUGAGGAGGCACUGAGGAUAUCUCCCACUGAGCCAUAUUGCUUGCGGCAUCCUAUUCGCAGAGGCCACCUAAAUAUUUCACAACAUUAUCCUUUUCAGCAGGUUCUGCAAGACCUGCAAGCCAUUUGGGAUUGGAUUUUGAUAGAGAAAUUGCAUAUCCCUCACGAUGAAAGAAACUUAUAUUCUGUAAUUCUUGUUGCUCCAGAAACAUUUAAUAAUCGUGAGAUAAAGGAAAUAUUGUCUAUUUUACUGAGGGAAUUGCAUUUUACCUCUACAGUGGUCCACCAGGAAGGGCUGGCGGCAGUUUUUGGGAAUGGUUUAUCAACAGCAUGUGUUGUAAAUAUUGGUGCUCAAGUGACAUCAGUCAUUUGCAUUGAGGAUGGAGUGGCUCUAGCUCAUACAGAAAAGACUUUGCCUUUUGGAGGAGAGGAUAUGUCAAGAUGCCUUCUUUGGACUCAGAGGUAUCACCAGACUUGGCCACAAAUUCAUACUGACAUCUUGACAAAGCCUAUAGAUCUUUUGAUGCUUGACAGACUGAAAGAGUCCUAUUGUGAGAUUAAGGAAGGUGAGCUUGAUGCUGCUGCUGUUGUACAUUCUUAUGAGGAUGGGAUGCCAGCUGGAUCUCAUAAGAUAAGGCUAACUGCUCUUAACGUUCCUCCCAUGGGUCUAUUCUACCCAGCGCUUUUGGUUCCUGAUGUAUAUCCUCCUCCACCUUGCUCUUGGUUUCAUGACUAUGAAGAUACACUUGAAGAUGUAUGGGAUAAUCCUAGGAGAUCUGACAUGUCAGACAGUCUUUUUCCUGGCAUUAGUGCUGGGUUACCAAUGUGGGACACCUACCCGGUUUUUUCAACUAAACCAAAGAAAGAAGAGAAGGUUGGCCUUGCGGAAGCCAUAACAAGUAGCAUUCUCUCAGCUGGCCGGAUAGACCUCCAGAGAAAAUUUUUCUGUAGCAUACAACUGAUUGGUGGGGUGGCUUUGACUGGUGGGCUCAUGCCUACUGUGGAGGAGAGGUUUGUUUUCUAUUUGCAUAGUAUCAAAUAUUUUUACCAGCAUCCUAAUGUAGAGCAGUGUGAGCUUUGUGCAUAAUGUUCCAUGCAAUUGUCUUUAAGUGCAGAAUCCUCAUGCUUUGCCUAGAGCAUUUCAUCAUGAACAGGAAAAUUAGAUGCAUCAGCAUUUUUAAUUUUUACGGCUUUUGAAACCAAUCAAGAGCCUAUGCUGUCAAUUAUAUUCCACAAAUUCAUAGCAUGUAUCAUAGUAUGACUUCAGGAAAUCAAAUCAGUCUGGCUAAGUAUUAGGAUUAUUACAGCUGAAAGAGCUUUCAGCAAAGCUGAUUUUGAAUUCAAUAUCAAAAUGUAUUUGCCAAAAGAGCAUUAUUUCAGGAUUGGAAUCUAAUGCCUAUGUGCUCUCCUCUAAUACUACUAUUGACACUGCCUUUAGUAUAGAAACCAUGGUAUGUUCCAACACCAAAAUAAUUUUUCUAUCUUUUAAGGUUUUUCCUUUCUUGUGCAGGGUUUUACAUGCAAUUCCUUCAAAUGAAGCAAUUGAUACUGUUGAGGUCAGUUUGCAGAAUUUCAUUUGUCAAAAUAAGUAGUAUAAUAAGCAAUUUCCAUGUCUUUAACUGUCUCAAGAAGGAUAGAGAUAGCAUCUGUUUGUGUUGCAGAGGCUGAUAUUUGGAGAGUGGGUUCAAGUAAAAAUUAACAUUAGACAUGGCUCAAUGAUUUGGUGUGAUUAGAUAAAGGCUAAAGCCAGUGGUGGAAAAAGGUUAUCUAGCAAUUGGAAUUGUUCAAAAUUUGAUUUUAUAUAUAAUUGAUGAUAAAUUUUAUAUGCAAUACAUGGUAGAUGACAAAUUGAUAAACAUUAUACAAGUUUAUUGGCAGACUGAUUUGAUUCACCCAACAUUUCCUUUAGACAGAUAAUUUGAUCAACACCUAGAAACAUUCAAAUUGCCUUGUAAAGUAAGACUUGUUUUCUAUGAACAAAUUGUUUGUUUUACGUUGUUCAUAUUUUUGCAGAUUGGUUUUAGACU